GUCCCCCACUUCACUUCCACACUUCCACCCACAUAUUUUGACCCAAAAUUAAACACACCAACUUUGAUACUUUCUCACAUCUUUUUCCGGCCAUCGGGAUGUCGCCGGCAUCAAUCUCCAGUACCCACAUCCUCCUCCUAUCUCUAACCAUCAUCAUCAUCAUGAUCAUCCCCUCAUCCUCCCAAUCUAACCCACUUCAAAUCCUCCUCAAAUUCAAAACAAAUUUAUCAAACUCAAACACAAAAAUUUUCACAUCAUGGACUGAACACAACCCGGUUUGUAACUUCACCGGAAUCGUCUGCGACCGCGCGAACAAUGUCAAAGAGAUCAAUCUUUCGGAACAGCGACUCGUGGGAACAGUUGACUUCGGUUUAACUUGUUCUCUCAAGUCGCUUCAAAAAGUCUCACUUGGAUCAAAUCUUUUGCAUGGAACUAUUAGUUCCAACUUAUCACACUGCACAAGUUUGAAGCAUCUUGGUCUCGAAAACAACUCUUUCACUGGACAAUUCCCAUGGAAAUCACUUGUUAAACUAACUAGUUUAACUCACUUGAGCUUAGGAGAUAACCCUUUUGAUAUAUCUCCAUUUCCUUUGGAGAUAUUAAACCUCAGGAUGCUGCAGACGCUUUAUCUGACAAACUGCAGCAUUGAGGGUACUAUCCCUGAGGAUAUCAGAAAGCUCGAGUCGUUACAACGACUCGAGCUUUCUGAUAACUUCCUGGUUGGGGAAAUCCCAACAGGGAUUACGAAACUCGUUAAUUUACAAGUGCUCGAGCUUUAUGAUAAUCGUUUGUCUGGGAUUUUCCCGACUGGGUUUGGAAACCUGCCCAUGCUUUCGAAACUCGAUGUUUCGAAUAACAGUUUGGAAGGUGAUCUUUCUGAGUUAAGAAGUUUGAGAAGUAUAACAUCUUUACAACUGUUUGAGAAUAAUUUUUCUGGUGAAAUUCCGGUGGAGUUUGGAGAAUUCAGGUUGUUACAACAGUUUUCAAUAUACAAUAACAGGUUCACCGGAGAACUGCCGGAGAAGAUAGGAUCAUGGGCGGAUUUCGAAUACAUUGAUGUAUCGGAAAACUUCUUAACGGGUAAAAUCCCACCGGAUAUGUGUAAAAAUGGGAAGAUUUAUGAUAUUUUGAUGCUGCAAAACAAUUUCACUGGUGGGUUGCCGGAGAAUUAUGCGAAUUGUUCGUCGUUGGAACGAUUGCGAGUGAGCAAUAACUCGCUAUCGGGUAGAAUACCGGUUGGGAUUUGGAGUUUGCCGCGGUUAAAACUGAUUGAUCUUGCCAUGAAUCAGUUUGAGGGUCCGGUGACGGGUAAUAUUGGUGAAGCAAAGUCGUUAGCACAGCUUUUUGUAUCGAACAAUCGGCUUUCGGGUGAGCUACCGGAGGAGAUAUCGAACGUUUCGUCUUUGGUGGAAAUGGAAUUGAUGUAUAAUCAGUUUUCCGGUGGGAUUCCGGUGAGAAUUGGUGAGUUGAAGAGCCUAAACAGUCUGCAUUUGGAAGGUAAUUUGUUUUCCGGUGGGAUUCCGCAAUCUAUUGGUUCAUGUGUUUCUUUAAAUGAUAUAAACCUCGCCGGAAAUUCACUCUCCGGGGACAUUCCGGCUAGUCUGGGUUCGUUACGGGGUUUAAACUCAUUAAAUGUGUCCGACAACAAACUUUCCGGUGUAAUUCCGGCAAGUUUGUCGUCGUUGAAGUUGAGCCUUAUUGAUUUGUCGAACAAUAUGUUGGUUGGGCGGGUGCCGGAGUCUUUAUUGGCGGAGGCGUAUGAUGGUAGUUUUGCCGGGAAUCCAGGGUUGUGUGCCGAUAAUGGUAAAAGUCUCCGACAGUGUUCAUCGGUUUCCCAUCGCUCUAGCGGGUUAGGAGUUGCGAAGUAUUGCUUCAUCGCGGGUGCAUUCAUGUUGGUGUUUUCGGUAGCAUGCUUUGUCCUCGUAAAGUCGAGGGCGAAAGAUUGCGACAAUCUAACGAAUCGAGGUUUUUCGUGGGAUAUGAAACAGUUUCAUGUCAUUAGUUUCGAUGAAGGUGAGAUACUCGGAUCUCUCAUACCGCGCAAUUUGAUUGGAAAAGGUGGCUCGGGUAAUGUCUAUAAAGUCGAAUUAGGGUGUGGGAAGAAGUUGGCCGUUAAACAUAUGUGGAGGUCGGGUCUAGACUCCGGUGAUCCUAGAAGUUACUCGAGUAGUGCAACGAUAUUACCAAAAAAGAAAUGCCGGUGGCCGGAGUAUGAUGCCGAAGUGGCCACUUUAAGUUCGAUUCGACAUGUAAAUGUGGUGAAGUUGUAUUGUAGCAUUACUAAUGACGACUCGAAUCUACUUGUUUACGAGUACAUGCCUAAUGGUAGUUUAUGGGAUCGAUUACAUACAUAUAAAAAGGCUGAAAUGGAUUGGAAUGUCCGAUACAAGAUUGCGAUGGGGGCCGCAAAGGGACUAGAGUACCUACAUCACGGGUGUGAUCGACCCGUGAUACACCGAGAUGUGAAAUCGAGUAAUAUUUUAUUAGAUGAGGAAAUGAAGCCGAAAAUAGCUGAUUUUGGGCUUGCAAAGAUUAUGCAAACAAAUAAGGUCACAAAUUCUUCGCACGUUAUAGCGGGAACAUAUGGUUACAUCGCCCCCGAAUACGGAUACACUUUCAAUGUGACCGAGAAAAGUGACAUCUAUAGCUUUGGAGUUGUGCUAAUGGAGCUCGUAACCAGGAGAAAGCCAGUGGAACCCGAGUUCGGUGAAAAUAAAGAUAUCGUGCGUUGGGUUCAUGAUGAGAUGAGGAACAAGGAAGACAUGAUUGGGUUAGUUGACCCGAAUAUUUCAGACGAGUCCAAAAGAGACGCAAGUAAAGUAUUGACCAUUGCAAUACGUUGCACCAUGCAGUUCCCUGCACAAAGACCGUCGAUGAAAACCGUCGUGCAAAUGUUGGAACACAUUGAGCCUCGUUCACCUAUCGAUAUAGUCAUCGGCGAUAUUGUCAAGGACUAAAUUUUGUAUACCCGAAACAAUAAAUUUUUGUAAAUGUCACGUGUUAGAGAAUUAGAACUCAUUAGCUAUGAACAUGUUUAUAAUGAUUAUUUGCUUAUUAUUAAUCCCUAUAAAAAGGUUGAUUAUGUUAGUCAUGGUU